AGAGAGAGAGAGAGAGAGAGAGAGAGGAGGUGAUUUUUUUCACUCUGUUCAAAGCUGUAUCAUUGGACGCGCACUUGCACAGAUUGCAGUUGCGUCUCAUUUAUGAAGAGACUCUAGAUUCAACAACAAACACCAAAAGAAUUCAUCUGGAACAAACUGCACUCAAGACCACGAUUGCUCAAUAAUGCUGCUCGCUUAUUUGUAAAACUUACGCGGACAUGUAUGAGGAUCAGAGCGAUUUCAGGCGUUGAGUCUAUGAAGGAACUAUGACGCUGAAUUUAUUAUUUCAAAGCCCAUGUAAAGAGUGAAUAAUCUAUCCGCACUACUUCAUCCAGGACGACCUUCAUCCAGCAUGUUCACUGUGACUGUAGUAUUUCUGCUGGUGGGGAAUGUCUUGUCUACACAGAAUUUGUGUCCUUCAGGGGCAUACACAGCCAGUGGAGAGUGUUGCAAACAAUGCCAACCCGGGGAGGGGAUGGUGAAGCCCUGCGGAGUGACACAGACAGUUUGUGAACCAUGUCUUGACAGUGAGACGUUCUCUGAGAACUUCAGCCACACAGAGAAGUGCCAGCCGUGCACACCAUGUUCCAAACUCAUGCGCAUGCUGACGCCCUGCACUGAUGCCAACGAUGCAGUGUGUGUCUGCGACUACGGGUAUUUCUUCAGCACAGUGGCAGGGCGCUGCGAGGCCUGCACGGUGUGUCCUCUGGGCCAGGGUGUGCUGAUGCGCUGUAAUUAUGACCGUGACACAGUGUGUGAGGAGUGCCUGGAUGAAACGUUUUCAGAUCAGGAGACCUCUUUCGACCCCUGCCUGCCCUGCACACAGUGUGAACAGCCCGAGAUGGAGUUGAAAAGCUGCACUUCUGUCAGUGAUGCUAUCUGCCAAGAUUUAGAUCCUCCUAACAGCUCAACCUUUCCUUCUCCUCCUCCUAUUCCAUAUGUUACACCUGCUCCUUCCCUUCCUACAUUUUCUUCUCCUGCUCCAUCAGUUGUCUCAUAUACAGACAAGUCUCCACCUGACAGUCCUACGGAGAGCGUGACCACGGCUGACCCUGGACGGACGAGACUCCCUGGGCUGAGCGACAACCUCAUUCCCAUCUACACCUCCAUACUGGCUGCAGUGCUGCUGGGCCUGGUGGCCUUCAUCAUCUUUAAACGGUGGAACAGUUGUAAGCAGAAUAAGCAAGGAGCCAAUAACAGAGCAUGCAGUGCAAACCCCAGUCAGACUCCUUCUCCUGAGGGAGAGAAACUCCACAGUGACAGCGGCAUCUCAGUGGACAGUCAGAGCCUACAGGAGGGCCAGGGGCCGCCACAUACAGUGGUCAAGAUAGAUGGAAGUUCAGCCCUGUCCUUGCCCUUACACACACGGGAGGAGGUUGAGAAGCUGCUAAAUCGUACCUGUGAAGGGGAGGAGUCAGGGGCCAACGAGGAAACCGAUUGGUGCAGUCUGGCAGGGCUACUUGGAUACAAAGAAGAACACAUUGCUAAUUUCAAGCAAGAAGAGAGGCCCAUCCAGGCCCUUCUGUCUCAUUGGGCAAGCCAGGAUUCGGCUAAUAUUGAUACGCUUUGUACAGCACUGAAGAAGAUCAAUAGGGAGGAUAUUGCGCAGAGCAUCACAGUCAAACCAACUGCUACAUCUACCGUAUGAGAGAACAAACACACGCUCACAAAAUCACACUUUCAAGUGUGCUCCCCAGUUGUAGGCUCCCAAAUACACACUUUACAUUGCCUUCAGCAUACUUCAGUGUUGAUGUAUCACUGGUGAAGUUGAUGUAUCACUAUAUCCUUAACUUUAGGCUGUAAACUCAAGUGCCGAUUCCCUUUAAACCCUUGAUUGAAUGGCCAAACUAUGUGCAAAGAAAGCACCGUUCUCUAAAUAUUGUUUGCAUGUUCCUUUAAUUUGAUGAAAGCCAUAUGGACUUGAACAUGGAUAUUCAUGUCUUUCCUGAAGAUGUUCAGGAUAAAUGACUCAAAAUCAUUCAUUUUACUUUUAACACAUUUCAGUAUCACAAAUAUACCAACUACAAAUCACUUCCAGCUUUAGCCAGCCAAUAAUUACUCUUAAUAAUAGAUAUAAGUUUAAAGACAAUUGUCUGCCUCUAUUCAGUACAGAAACUGCUAUGUAACAUCCAUAAUGCAUAUGCUAAUAAUAUGUCAAAUGUGGCCAGUUCAGUCAUUUGCUAAGUGUACCAUAACCACAAACCAUAUCCACUGAUUAUAUCGCGUCAGAGUUGUACACAGUUGAUGUUGUGCUCCUGUACUGUAAAUAUGACCAGUGACAGUAUGAGAAGGACCAGUCAUAGAAAAAUUAAUAAGACAAAUCAAUAUGGAGACUGUAGAAAUGUUGAAAAUUGAAAUAUAGUUUUCUGUUACGUGAGCUAAAGAAGCAAGAUUUAUAAUGCCAUUAUUGCCAGAGUUUAGUGCUGAUUUGAUUGUAAACUAAACCAUGAACCAUGAUUUACUACUUGCUAUUGUAAGUCGGUGCCAGGUAGUAUUAGGUGUCGCGGUUUGGUUGGAAGGCAAGGAGAGUUGAGGUGAGGAUCUAAACACUAGCGAUAUUUAUUAAAUGAAAACAAAAACCACUCUUGAAUGCAGGAGAACACUGGAAAUCCACAUGAGCAAACCAAUACAUUGGAAACAUCAGACAAAAGGGAACUAAAACACAGUUCUAUCCUCUUUUUUCCUACACCCCAUGAAGUUUUGUGCAAAAUUAUGGGAGUAACUCGUUAAACUGUAAACAAUCAGCAAAAGGUUCGCUCUAUAAACGCAAUAAGCAUUUUCAAAAACUGGGUACAAUGAGAUGACAUUGUUCUGUUCACCCUUCAACCACCGAACAUUAAAAGGAAAUAUUUCAAAGUGAUUUCCGUCAUUUUGAUGAACCUGUAUUUGUAUUUACCUGGUUAAGAAACAUUCCAGUAAACACUGCUAAAUAAGAAGUGAAAAAACAAUGAAAUUUAAUUAAAUCAGAAGAACAGACCACAAAUACAAAUGUCUUUUUCAUACUGUUACAGCGAUAUGCAACGAAAAAAAGCAACAUUAUGAUUUGAAAUUAUUUGUUUCAGUCUUUUUGAGUGGGACUUUCUCCAAACCGGAAGAGCCUCCCAUAAUCUAAAACGCAGUUGGCUUGUUAGGAAAAAGGUGGACAUUAAUAGAAUAAAUGAGCAACUAAACAAGACACAGGUGAACAUAAUCAGGAACUAUGGAAACAAAUGAGAACCUAAUUAGAAUUAGAACCAAGGAAACAGGAACUAAACACAGGCACACAGGAACAGUGGAGUGAAAUGAAAAUCAAAAUAAGAGUCCUUGAACAAGCAUUAACAAAACUAGAUGUGACAGUAGGGAGUUUGGACAUUCUCAUUAUAGAGAGAAUGUGUAAAACUGUGUAGCACUCAAUAUUUUUAUUAGUCUGUUUCACAUAAGAAAAAUGCUGCAGUACACUAGCAUUUAUUGUGUACUUUUAUGGGUCUUUAAAGCAACACUAGCAUGAGUUGUCAACUGCAUUUCUUGGUCACCCCCCCCCUUACCAUUUUGGUAAGAGUUAAACUGCCAUGUACAGUAGGUAUUACACAGAGAGAUGCAAUGGUGAAAAUAGAGAAACUUCAGAGAGAGGUCUUUUUAUCAGAUGCUUUCUGGUGCCUACUUCUGAUGAAGUAACCCAAAGUAUGAUCAAUAGCGGCAUAAACAGACACCACUUAAAUAUGUUCAUUGUAUGAUGUCUUUAUCAGUUUUUGUUCUGUCUGCAUCUGGGCAGGUGACUCAGAACAUUCUAGAAUUAAUAAGCAGGAGGUUUUGUUGUCCUGGUGGUCCAGCUGAAAGACGAUAGCGGCUUGGUUUUUUGUUUUUUUUACUUUUUUCUUUAUUACGGCAGUAACCCGACACUGGUCACUACCUGGCUCAGGUCAUCACCAUGACAAAAGCGCUUGGCCAUGCAGUCUGUGACCCAGAUAGAAAAAUGUUAAAGACACAUAUACACCCAUAAACACACAACAAAGAAACAAGCUUCCCUGUAAAAUUAACCACUGACUGAUAUGAACGUCACGGGUGAUUAAAUGUGACUCUUUUGAAGGCAUAACACAGGGUUCCCACGGUCAUGGCUAUAUCAGGGAAUUCUGAAAAGUGGAUUGGUCGUUGAUUUGGUCAGAAGUGUGGGAACACUGAAGGACUUCGAAACCAGGAGAACAACUCAAAGAAUAUCUUUUGUGCUUACUGUAAUGUUGGACUCUUAAGAUUCAGCAACAUGUGAAUGGAUACUGUACCAAGAAUUGAAGUGAUCCAAUGUAACAAUUUGGUUUAAUGGAACUGAUAUAUUUGGUUCAAAUACUGAAGUUGGUGUAGGACAUAGUGCUUUUUUGGUGACAAGUAAAUCAAUUCAAAAGAAAUCUCCAGGGCUUUAUAAUUUCUCAGGGUUAAAGUGGAGAUUUGCCCAUCUGUCAAUGUUUCAUGCUGUUAUGUCAUCAGUAUAUCAGUGGCCUUAUAAUGGAGUUUUAUGGUGGCACACAGGUCGCAAGAAGAAACUCAUUUAGCCUCAAAGAGCUUUUUUACAAGUAUGGGAGAAAGUCAGUUUGAGGAGGCAGAAGUGUUUUACUUGUUUUGUAGAAUAUAUGAAACAACAUUACAAAUUCUCUGGCUGCAUGAUUAUCAGUAUUCAUAGAUUCUUGUGAUGUCCGUUCAGUUUGAAAAGCAAUGCAGCAAGCAUACAUUAUUAAUAUUUUUGAAUAUUAAGUCACCCUAAAUACCGAUGAACUUUUUUUUUUUUUGACUAUACAUUUUUGGGAAAAUUCAAGCACACUGUAAUUUGUAUCUUAAAAUGAAGGCAUUCUCCAUUUCUGGAUGUGAAUUUUUUUCUUUUUAAUUCCUUUUAAAUCUUUUUUUUUUUUCUACCAGAUUAGAGUGUAGCACUUACAAAAUAUAAUAUACAUUUUGUAUAACAAAUGCCUGAGAUUAAUAUCAGGUCUGUGUUGUUUUUGUUCUGUUUAGUAUGUACAUAAUUUUACUGUUUAUUCAUUUUGUGUUUAUUCAUAGCCUCAAAGGCGUGUUAUUGGUUGUUACUGGGGAAUAUCAGCCAAUCCUGAAACCACAAAGCCAACAAGCUCAAAGAAAGUCACAUGAUUUGCCACUGUUUACUUCCUCAACAUUUGCCUUUAUACCAUUUUGCCAAUUUGUUCUUGUAUAAAAUCAUCUUGAUAAUUUGAGAAGCAUGCCGUUUUGGUUUAAAUUUAUUUGUAGAAUAUUUUUGUAGCGUUACACAAUAUCAGAGUACAUAUCUCUGAGAUGGAUGUACUAAUGUGGCACAUUGCUCUCUGACAAUCAACUAAAAGCAUACUUGUGUAGUUGUUGGAAUAUGGAGUUGAUCAGAACCCAUUCAUUCCCAGAGACUGAAUCUUGCACUUGGUAGAGGAGCUUUGUGAGACGAGUGUGAGGAGCAUGAAAGGGUGAGCAGAGGUUUUGUUGGGCUUAUUUGGACAAGAAGAAACAAUACUGAAUGUUACUUGUAUUUACUGUUAUGUACACUGUAUCAUAUAAAUGUGAAUUUACUAGAAUUCAUAAAGUAGGUUUAAUGCAGUUACUAUUACAAACAAGAAAUAAUAAACUAAAUAAGAUUGCAACUGUA